AUGCUCAGACGAUAUACGUUAGGGAACAGAUUCAAUUCGUAUUUUCCUGCUACUUUUUACCAUCCAACUAUCUAUGCAUUGUCAACUUCUUUGGCUCAAAAAUCUGCAGUCGCAGUAAUCAGAAUCACUGGCACGCACUCGAAAUUCAUAUUUCAACAACUCACUGGUUCUGAAAAGUGUCCAAUUGCUAGAAGAGCUUCGCUGCGAACCUUAUUUGAUUUGAAGUCAGGGACAAAGAACUUGUUGGAUUCAUCGAUAGUAAUAUAUUUUGCUGGUCCCAAAUCUUUCACCGGUGAAGAUAUGUUGGAGCUGCACCUUCAUGGUGGUAAAGCCGUAGUCAAGAGUGUGCUGAAGGCAAUUGAACGCAUUGGUAAUAAGCAGGCUGAGAAAAAUGUAAGGUACGCUUUACCGGGCGAAUUUUCACAGCGGGCUUUCCAAAACGGUUGCAUGGACUUGACUGAAGUGGAAGGUGUUGCAGAUCUUAUAGACGCUGAAACGGAAACUCAGCGUCGAAGUGCUGUUUCUGGGAUGACAGGGAAAAAUAAAGAGGUUUUCGAACGCUGGAGAUCCCAAAUUGUAUCUAAUGUUGCACAACUAACAGCGAUCAUAGAUUUCGGAGACGAUGCUGAAAUUAACGACGUAGACAACAUACUUCGAUCUUGCGCACAAGAAAUGCGUUCGCUGAAAAUCGAAAUCCAACGCUAUCUCGAGAAAGUAGACCGUUCGAGCAUAUUACAAACAGGUAUAAAAGUUGCGCUUCUUGGAUCGCCAAACGCAGGAAAAUCAUCGCUGUUGAAUUGUAUCACAAAUGAUGACACCUCUAUUGUCAGCGAUGUACCAGGGACUACGAGAGAUAGUAUUGAUGUACCGCUCGACAUUGGUGGUUUCAAAGUGGUUCUCUGCGAUACUGCAGGGAUACGGGGUGCAAGCGGAGAUAAGAUAGAACUGGAAGGCAUGAGAAGAGCAAGAGCAAAAGCUGUUGAAAGCGAUCUCAUGAUACUGGUUAUUGAUGCCACGUCAAAACCAUUUGUCGCGCCAGAAUUGUGUGAUUUGCUCAGGUCACAGCUGCCGGCAAAAGAGCUUAUCGUUGUGAUAAACAAAAUGGACGCAGUGGAAUUGCAGACGGUUGCAGACGCGAAACAACAAGUGCAGGCGCUUUUUGGAGAUUGUUUCAAAAUCAAUGUUGUUUCCUGUCAUGAUUAUCAAGGAAUUGAGAAUCUGGUAGACACCCUUUCCGCAACGUUCAGGAAAGUCUCAGAUUUGGCUCAUGAUUCGGAUCCUAUAACAGCAUCAAAACGAGUCCAAGAUAUUUUGAAGAGGGACGUGAUUGAUGGCAUCGAAGAUUUCCUUGCAACUUCGGAGCUUGGAGAUUUAGUGAUGGCAUCGGAAAGUCUGGGGAAUGCCGCCGAAGGUAUUGGCAAAAUAAGUGGUCGGUCUGUGGGUGUUGAAGAGGUGCUGGGGGUGGUAUUUUCCCGGUUUUGCGUGGGUAAGUAA